AUGUUUAAUAUCGAUACAACGACGACAAAAUCAUCUAAGUCAAGUAUACCCAAAAUAAUAGAAACAAAAAAAAAUGAUAAAAGUAAUGAAAAGGACAAGAAAUUUACUAAUGAGGAUAGUGAUUUGUCAAAAGAUAUAGAAAAUCAAGAAUCUGUGAAUAAUCUACAAACAUUUAAAGAAAUAAAAAAAUACAAAAAAAAUAAGACGGUAAUCCAAGAAGUAGAAGAAAGUUCAGAAUCAUUGAAUAUACCUGAAGAAUACCCAACAGAAACAGUAGAUGAUGAAACUACGAAACCAAUUAAAAAACGCCGACAAAAAAGAACACCAAAACCGAAUAAGCCAAGAACAUCAGCACCAGAAGAAGAUGAUACAGAAUCAAAAGAAAAAAAUCAAGAUAAUAUAGAAGAUAAAAAUAAACCAGAUGAACCAAAUGAGGCUACUCAAAAACCUGACAAAGAUGAAACCAAGAAACCAAUAAAAGAACCAAAAGACAUGAAAGAACCAGAAAUGAAUAAUCCAACAACACCAGUAUCAGAAAACGAUGCCACUAAACCAAAUGAAGAAAAUGAUGAUAUUCCAAAAGCAGAACAGGACUCGGAAUUUCCUGAUAAUAUAAAUGAUUCACCAAAAGAACCAAAAAAAGAUGAAUCUAAAAAACCACCUAAAAUUCCUACACAAAAUAAAGCUAAAAAGAAUAACCCAACGACACCAUCACCAGAUAAUGAUGAGAAUGAACCUGAAAACCCAGAAGCAGAUAAUUCGGAAGAUCCAGAAGAAAAUGAUCCUGAUACACCAGAUGAACCGAAAGAACCACCUAAGAAACCAGAAAACAAAACUCCUAAGAAAGCUCCGCAAAAUAAACAGCCUAAAAAGAAAAAACCAACAACACCAACACCAGAAAACGAUGAAGCUGAUCCCGAAGAACCAGAUGAGGAUAAUCCCGAAGAAGAUGAUCCUGAAACACCAGAUGAACCCAAAGAACCGCCUAAGAAACCAGAAAACAAAACUCCUAAGAAACCUCCACAAAAUAAACAGCCUAAAAAGAAUAAACCAACAACACCAUCACCUGCAAAUGACGAGACUACACCUGAAGAACCAGAUGAGGAUAAUCCCGAAGAAGAUGAUCCUGAAACAUCAGAUGAACCCAAAGAACCACCUAAGAAACCAAAAAACAAAACUCCUAAGAAAACACCUCAAAAUAAACAACCAAAAAAGAAUAAACCAACAACACCAUCACCUGAAAAUGACGAGACUACACCCGAUGUACCAGAUGAGGAUAAUCCCGAAGAAGAUGAUCCUGAAACAUCAGAUGAACCCAAAGAACCACCUAAGAAACCAAAAAACAAAACUCCUAAGAAAGGUCCGCAAAAUAAACAGCCUAAAAAGAAAAAACCAACAACACCAACACCAGAAAACGAUGAGGAUGAUCCCGAAGAACCAGAUGAGGAUAAUCCAGAAGAAGAUGAUCCUGAAACACCAGAUGAACCCAAAGAACCACCUAAGAAAUCAAAAAACAAAACUCCUAAGAAACCACCUCAAAAUAAACAACCUAAAAAGAAUAAGCCAACAACACCAUCACCUGAAAACGAUGACGCUGAUCCCGAAGAACCAGAUGAGGAUAAUCCCGAUACAGAAAAUGAUCCUGAAACACCAGAUGAACCCAAAGAACCGCCUAAGAAUCCAGAAAACAAAACUCCUAAGAAACCUCCACAAAAUAAACAGCCUAAAAAGAAUAAACCAACAACACCAUCACCUGAAAACGAUGACGCUGAUCCCGAAGAACCAGAUGAGGAUAAUACCGAUACAGAAAAUGAUCCUGAAACACCAGAUGAACCCAAAGAACCACCUAAGAAACAAAAAAACAAAACUCCUAAGAAACCUCCUCAAAAUAAACAGCCUAAAAAGAAUAAACCAACAACACCAACACCAGAAAACGAUGAGGAUGAUCCCGAAGAACCAGAUGAGGAUAAUCCCGAUACAGAAAAUGAUCCUGAAACACCAGAUGAUCCCAAAGAACCACCUAAGAAAUCAAAAAACAAAAUACCGAAAAAACCUUCUCAAAAUAAACAAUCAAAAAAGAAUAAACCAACAACACCAACACCAGAAAACGAUGAGGAUGAUCCCGAAGAACCAGAUGAGGAUAAUCCCGAUACAGAAAAUGAUCCUGAAACACCAGAUGAACCCAAAGAACCACCUAAGAAACAAAAAAACAAAACUCCUAAGAAACCUCCUCAAAAUAAACAAUCAAAAAAGAAUAAACCAACAACACCAUCACCUGAAAACGAUGAGGCUGAUGCCGAAGAACCAGAUGAGGAUAAUCCCGAUACAGAAAAUGAUCCUGAAACACCAGAUGAACCCAAAGAACCACCUAAGAAACAAAAAAACAAAACUCCUAAGAAACCUCCUCAAAAUAAACAAUCAAAAAAGAAUAAACCAACAACACCAUCACCUGAAAACGAUGAGGCUGAUGCCGAAGAACCAGAUGAGGAUAAUCCCGAUACAGAAAAUGAUCCUGAAACACCAGAUGAACCCAAAGAACCACCUAAGAAACAAAAAAACAAAACUCCUAAGAAACCUCCUCAAAAUAAACAAUCAAAAAAGAAUAAACCAACAACACCAUCACCUGAAAACGAUGAGGCUGAUGCCGAAGAACCAGAUGAGGAUAAUCCCGAUACAGAAAAUGAUCCUGAAACACCAGAUGAACCCAAAGAACCACCUAAGAAACAAAAAAACAAAACUCCUAAGAAACCUCCUCAAAAUAAACAAUCAAAAAAGAAUAAACCAACAACACCAUCACCUGAAAACGAUGAGGCUGAUGCCGAAGAACCAGAUGAGGAUAAUCCCGAUACAGAAAAUGAUCCUGAAACACCAGAUGAACCCAAAGAACCACCUAAGAAACAAAAAAACAAAACUCCUAAGAAACCUCCUCAAAAUAAACAGCCUAAAAAGAAUAAACCAACAACACCAACACCAGAAAACGAUGAGGAUGAUCCCGAAGAACCAGAUGAGGAUAAUCCAGAUACAGAAAAUGAUCCUGAAACACCAGAUGAACCAGUAGAUCGGCCUAAAAAACCAACUAAAAAACAUCCACAAAACAAACAACCUAAAAGAAAUAAACCAACAAUGCCAUCUUCUGAAGAUGUUGAUAUUAAACCAGAAAAUCCACAUACAAAAACUCAUAAUCUUUUAUCCUGUGCGCAAUCACCAAAUUCGCAAAUUCAACGUCCUACAGAAAUACCUGUUCAGAGAACAAUUCCUACUAGCACAAAGAAAGAACCGCAGGUUGAGAUAACGGUUAAACCUAACCUUAAUCCCAUUUUAGGAAAUCCUUCGAUCAUUAGAAAUUCAUCUUCACCUAAUAUAACAGUUUUAUUUGAUAAUCGCUUUCAACCUGCUUUCGAUUCAACUACAUCUAUCCCUGCCAUAGAUGAUGAUAAGUAUUAUUAUAAAAAGCCUGAGGACCCAGACGAUAAUGGAUGGCAAGGUGCGUAUAAGCCCGGUGAAAACGAAGAUGGCAAUAAUGAAGAAAUGAACGGAGAAGGUUUAUAUACUACAAAUUUACCGAAACCAUUUAAGUUUGACGAAGGUACUCUUGGCUGGCCUUUUCCUCUUGCUCCACCUUAUGGACAACCGCCUCUAUCAUUCCGUUUUACUCCCUCUCAAGACCUCUCUAUGUUUGUACCUUAUCAUCCAUUUGAAGGUUUUCCUCAUAUGCCUUUACCUGUAAAUCCAUUUUUUUCAACUUCACUGAAUUCUGGAUUUGGUUCUGUUCCAAAUAAUCCUGAACUCAAAUCUAAUUGGUCUUCAAAUCCACUUAUUUCUGAUUUAUUAGGACCAUUUAUAAAUAAUUUAACUACAUCUUCCGACACUAUUACGGAAAUUAAAUCGGAUGAUCCUAACAAUCCCUUCAUUAUUAAAACCAUUUCAGGGUCUUUUGAACCUUUCGAUAAAUAUGGACAAAAAGUUAUGCCAACUAUAAAAAUACGGGCUCCAUGGAAAAUUUUUUCGAAACCGAUUGAUCCUAGUUACACAAAUAGAAAAUAAAUACCGCAAACACUAGAAAAAUUAUUAUAACACAUAUAA